AUGGUGGAUUCUGGCGCAACAAGGCACAUCGUGACAGACAUCACCAGAUUUGAGUUUUUCGACGCAAGCUUCAAGCCACAGAGUCACGUUCUGGAGUUGGCUGAUGGGGUGAAAACCAGCGGAGUUGCGGAGAAAAAGGGUACUGCCAAGUUUCAUCUGAGAGACAUCAACGGGAGAGUUGUGGAUGUGCUGCUGACGGACAUGCUGUAUGUCCCGUCAUUUACGCAGGACAUAUUCUCCGUCAAAGCGGCAACUGCCCAAGGAGCAACGGUAAUCUUCAAAGAAGGUGAUAUAUUCCUGAAUACAGGUGAUAUAUCCAUCCUCACGUGGGAGUCUGGAAACUUCUCCUCUCAGACUGGAGCUGAUCAUGUGACAGGAAGUGAAGAGUCUGCAGCCUCCUCUUCAUCGAUGCUCCGUCUGUCAGUGCAGCUCCUCCUCCUCCUCCUCCUCCUCCUCCCCCCCCCAGGCCUGAUGACAUCACAGGGCCUGAUGACAUCACGGGGCCUGAUGACAUCACGGGGCCUGAUGACAUCACCGGGCCCCCCCAGCUGCCGGCGGCGGGCGGCAGGCGGCCGGCUGACGGUUCGAUGCAGCGGACUGAGACUCACGCAGGUUCCCGCCGGCUUGUCCAAUCGCACCACUCGUCUGUUUCUGAACAGGAACCUGCUCAGGUCUCUGCCCCCCGACUCCUUCUCCACUCUGCUCCGGCUCACGGAGCUGGACCUGUCGCACAACCAGCUGUCCCUCCUGGAACCGGGCUGUUUCUCCGGACUAGCGUCCUCCCUCCGGUACCUGGACCUGUCGUCCAAUCAGCUCACAGCGCUGGACCCGGCGGCCCUGGGCCCGAUCAGAGCCCGGGCCAACCUGACGCUCAACCCCUGGCACUGCAACUGCAGCAUGCAGGUGAGUCCGCCUCCUCUGCAGCUGGACGGGUCUCUGGAUAAAGUGAUCUGUCAGACAUCCGAGCUCCCAAACGCCGGAACCGUGGGCCUGCCCCUGGUCCUGCUGGUCCAGGACUGGGACUUGUGCCGGUCGGUGCUCCGCCAGACGGACCUGGUGACGCUGGUCUCAAUGCUGCUCUGGUUCCUGCUGCUCGUCUCCUACCUGGUCCACUACAUCCGUAGGAACGAGCUCGUCAUCCAGCAGCACUUCGACUACCUCAAGUUCCUGGACAGCCGGGACCCGUACCGGCCCAGAUGAAGGUUCCUGGGGGACCUGCAGAAGAUCCAGGA